AUAUUCCUGGUAUUGCUGUUACCAUGGCAAGCUUUAUCAGACAGUUGUCAUUCAGUAUACACACUUCCCGGAUUCAAGAUCCAUGGCCACCUGCUUAAAGCCAUUUUGCUCCAGAGCAAAAGUGAAUGCGAGCAAAAGUGUGCUUCACAAGAAGGGUGCAACAGCAUCAGCUUUCAUCAGAAUACAAGAAUGUGUGAAUUGCAUGACCGUAACCACAUCUCACAUCCCGAAAGCGUUCUUCCAAGUGAGGGCUAUAUUUACGUAAACUUUCCAACAAGGCCUCCAAAGAGAUGCAGUCGUAAGUUAUGCAGCACAGGUUUAAUAUGUGUGCCUGAGGCCGAAAGCUACAACUGUAUCAGUUGCGAAGAGGCCAAGGCGGAACAGGUCUUGAAUUUUCCGAGAAAAUCUACCGAAGACCACGCUAUCCUCGAUGAGCCAUUUACGUCGUCGUUAAGUGCCUUCACGCUUUCCCUAUGGGUACAAGUGGGCGACACGAGUACUGAACACAGUAUGGUCUCGUUUGCUUCAGCAUCCCCGUUACACGACAAUGCAAUCAAUGUCUAUAUUCGAACGACCGAUGUUGUAAUAGAUAUCAACAACAAUCAAAAGAUCAAUUCUGGCAUUAGCCUUAUUGACAACAAGUGGCAUCAUAUCAGCUUUGCUUGGGAAAACACAAAUGGCAACGCAAAGUUAUACAUAGAUGGCGUAUUACGAAGCUCAUGGAUCACACAGCAAGGAAAAGUCAUCAGCAAGGGAGUGUUUGUGCUUGGCCAAGAACAAGAUGGCUACAGAAGUAGUUUUGACAGUUCUCAGGCCAUGAAGGGAAAUAUAACCAGUGUAAACCUUUGGAGUAGAGAUUUCACUUCAGGAGAAGUGUCAGCCCUGACCACGACAUGCCCGACUAUUGAGGGGGAUAUUGUACAAUGGUCAACUUUGAGAAAAAUGGCUACUGGCUUGGUAAAGCUUGUAUGCUCCAGUUUCUGCAUGUAACGCACUAUUUUAAGGCAUUCAUGGGUCUACUGAAUACUGUUCACAAAUCUGUAGAUAUCAAACCAAACUCAGUAGAAUAUAAUACAAGCAAACUGGAGUUUGAGCGUCACUGGUACAUUCAAAUUAUUGCCUUAGUUUUCUUUCCACUGUUCUUAACCCUCAUUUAAGCUUAUCAGCCAACACAAAAACGAUGUUGUUGUUAUAGUAUGUGUUCAUAUAAGAACAAUUAGGCUCAAUUUGUAUAAUCAGUUUAAGGUAUUCACAAGAUAAAAUUAUUUCAUUUAUAUUCAUUUUUUUAUCACUCCAUAAAUCAGCUCCGUAGCCAGAGGAAAAUGUUAACCGAGGCACUUCCGCGACCGGCGGAAGAGGUCGU